GCCACUCGCUUGGCUGCAGCCGCAGCUCGGCGCCCGAGGGUCCAGAUCCCCCAGCUCAGUGUCCCGGCGAAUCACCUGCCUACCCCGGCGAUGGAUUUCAUGAAGGUCUUCGAUCAGACCGUUCGGGAGAUCAAGCGGGAGGUCAAUCUGAAGGUGCUCAAGGUCCCCGAGCUCGAACAGAAGGUACUUGAUGCAACAAGUGAUGAACCCUGGGGUCCACAUGGAAGUGCUCUUUCAGAGCUAGCGCAAGCCACCAAGAAAUACUCUGAUUGUCAGAUGGUAAUGGGUGUCCUUUGGACUAGGCUUGCUGAGCGAGACUCAAACUGGCGCCAUGUAUAUAAGGCUCUAACAAUUAUCGAGUACUUGAUAGCGAAUGGUUCUGAGCGGGCGGUUGAUAACAUUCUUGAUCAUUAUUCAAAGAUCUCGGUUCUUUCGAGUUUUGAGUUUGUGGAACCUAAUGGAAAAGAUGCUGGAAUAAAUGUGAGGAAGAAAGUCGAAACACUAGUGGGGAUCAUAAAUGACAAGGAUAGAAUAAAGGCUGUGAGAGAUAAAGCAGCCAGCAACCGUGACAAGUAUGUUGGGUUAUCCUCAACAGGAUCAUCAUAUAGAUCAAGCUCAGGCUCUGUAGGGAGCAACUACAGUUCAGGUGAACGUUACGGGAGUUUUAGUGGCACAAGGGAGGCCGAUUCGUUCAGCAACAGUUACAGGGACAAAGAAUCAGCCAAAACCUCUACAGGUAAUACUGGCAGUAAGAAAUCUGGGAGCAAGAUAAGAAAGGAUGCGAAGCAUGAUAGAAGCUCCUCGAAGCCACCAUCUAGCACAAAAAGCAACGAAGACAACUUCGAUGACUUUGAUCCCCGUGGAUCUUCUUCAAAUGAUGCAGCUAACACUGCAAAGACUAGUGAGGCCGAUCUUUUUGGCCCAAACUUGAUGGAUGAUUUCAUUGACGAGCCUGCAGCCACUCCAGCAACAAAAGGUGUUGUAGAACCUCAGGUUGAUCUAUUUGGUGAUGCAGAUUUCCAGUCGGCAACCCCAAGUGCAGAAACAGCUGCGCAUCAGGAUGUCCAGGACAAUGUUGACCUUUUUGCGGGAAAUGCAACCUUUGCUCCAGCGUUUACACCACAGACGGGGUUUAUUCCACCACCAAGUUCUGGGACAUCUUCUGUUGCUAAUAGUUCUGUGUCCAAGAAGACAGUACCUGAACCAUUUGAUCCUUUCGGCGAUAUUCCUUUAAGCAGCUUUGGUGGAUCUGACCCAUUUGGUGACUUCAGCUCCAAUGUUGGAUCAUCUAGUGCACCACCACCUGUACACAGUUCUGCUGGAAAUAUCAGUGCGUCGAGUCAGAACCUUGAUGCAGCAUCAGACUUUGGUGCCUUUGAAUCCAACACUAAGGCCGCAGCUAAAGACCCCUUUGAUUUUUCUUCCAGUGGUAAUUUUGGCGUAGCAACACCUUUGGCAGCUCCAAAAACUGAUGCAUCUGAUUUUGGUGCCUUCGUGGCAAACACUGAGGAAGCAGCCAAGGACCCAUUCGAUUUUUCUUCUAGUAUCAACAAUGGGAGGGCAGGUCAAACACCUCUGGCAGCUCCCAAGUCUAAUACCAAGAAAGAAAAUGUUCAGGUCAAAUCUAGCAUAUGGGCCGACUCUUUGAGCCGUGGAUUGAUUGAUCUGAACAUAACCGGACCGAAGAAGGUGAACUUAGCUGAUGUUGGGAUCGUGGGUGGCCUCGGUGAUGGGUUCGACGACAAGGCUCAGCCCUCGUGGAACAUGGGCGCGGGGGGAUCCGGUCUAGGAAUGUCUGGAAAUCCUUCGACUACGCAGCGCGCUGGUGGCAUCGAGAGCUUGGCGAACUACAACAAGUACCAGUUUGGCUACAAAUGAGCUCUCGAGCGAAAACAUUUGCAGUGUUCUGGUAUUCCUCAUUUCGCCGGGCGAUGUAUGCCGAUUGGUUUAUUUUUUCUAUUUUGUUAUAUAUCUCACUUUUGGUGAUUUCACUAUGUGUUACUUUAAUUUCCUGAGUCAAGUAUUGUGAUCUUGGUC